GCUUUGCUCUGUUAUAUGUAUGGAUGCGAUACAAGCAUGGCAUGGUACCAAAAUGGCGGACGCUGUGGGCAAGGCAUUCCUGGUUCUCAUGGUCCUCCUCUCGUCCUUCCUCCUCCCCUCCUCCUGUGACCGCAUUGAGACCACCAGCUUCUCCAAAGGAGUACACGCUAAGCUGAAGGAGAAGGUGAGCCACCUCCACUUCUACUUCCACGACGUCGUCAGUGGAAGUAACGUGACGGCGGUGGCUGUGGCCAGGCCACCGAAUGCGCAGCCGCCGACCUCAUUCGGGUUGGUCAUGGUCAUGGACGACCUGCUCACGGAGGGGCCGGAGCCCACGUCGAGGCCGGUCGGGCGGGCGCAGGGGCUGUACGCGGCCGCCGGGCUCCAGGAGAUGGGCUUCCUCCAGGCCAUGAACCUGGUGUUCGUGGGCGGCAAGUACGACGGCAGCGUGCUCACCGUCCUCGGCCGCAACGCGCCGUUGCACGCCGUGCGGGAGAUGCCGGUGGUGGGCGGCAGCGGGCUGUUCCGCUUCGCCCGCGGUUACGCCGUCGCCCGCACCCACAGGCUCGACAUGAGCACCGGGAACGCCAUCGUCGAAUACGACGUCUACGUCAUGCAUUACUGAGCAACCACGGCGUCAUGUUUCGUUUGUGUCGGCGAUCGUUGAGUCAUCAUUCUUCUGUCUGCUUCGGUUAUCAUUUCGACUGCUACAGCACAUUCACCAAAUAAAGUGGGCGUCAGUCAUUAUAA